CCGUAAACGCCCGUCAGGCGGUAAUCUAACCUCCACAGGAAACGGGUUGGCAACGUUUGUCUCGAGCGCACAACCGGCCACGACCAAGCGACUGCAGUUUGACGCCUACGACCGGCCAUCAGUUGACGGCGUUAGAGCAGGGGAGCUAUAAAUUCGCGACACGGCCACAGGGACCGUCGCCCUUUCGGAGCGCAGGCGGAGCGAGGAGGCGGAGGAAGAGGAGGAGGGUUCUUGGAAUCGCGUGAUCGCUCGGAGGAACCAGAGAUCUCUGUCGGAUUGGAGAUUCGAAGAGCUGUAAGGACUCCGUGGCGAUUUCUUCUGUUACUAUCCUUGUCUUUGAGUUCUUGAUCUGUUUGAUUUUAUUAAUAACGCAAUGCACGAGCGACUCGAUGGACAAAAAGGUGGUUUCCAUUUGUUUUUGAUGAAUCGAUCGGUGGAAGAUUGGGAUCUGGUGCUUCUUGUUGUUGAUGUCACAGGCAAAUUAGUGCAAUGGAUGAGGCUAUAAAUGGCGUUCAGGAUUCUCACAACGGGCGAGAAGUACCUAGUGUUGAAAACUUGAAUUCGGAUAAUGACACACCCGAUAAGAAACACAUGAACCAUGAAGCUCAGAAGUCAACAAAUCAUAAGAAGCAAGUACGUCUUAACUACACUGUUCCUCAGCCAUUUCAACUCGCAACUGAAAAGCGUGCUGCCAGUGGAUGCCGUGAGUUUGCUGCUGAUGCUGCUGGUGAUGGAGAUAAAGCUGCUAAGGGAAACUCACCUCUCAAGUCCAGGAAGCCUUUGCAUUCUGAUAAUACAGUACACACAGAUGAAGAGGAUUCUAGCUCUGUGGCUUCUUCAACUGCAGCAUCUGUGAGAACUUCGAAAGCUAGGACAACGGUUCCGAUUGCCCCUGUUUUCAAAUGCAGUGAGCGUGCAGAGAAACGGAAAGAGUUUUACUCUAAAUUAGAAGAGAAGCACCAGGCUUUGGAGGCAGAGAGACUGCAAUGCGAAGCUAGGACAAGGGAAGAGGAAGAGGCAGCUGUAAAGCAACUAAGGAAGAACCUGAUUUUCAGAGCAAACCCAAUACCAACCUUCUACCACGAGGGUCCUCCUCCUAAAGUGGAACUUAAGAAGGUGCCUCCAACUCGUGCAAAAUCACCCAAGCUUGGUCGAAGGAAGAGUUGCGGGGAUGCAGUCGAUCCAUCCCAAGUAGAUAACAACAGUGGAGUAUGCGAUCGGUUGCAACGUCACAGUCUGGGCAAUUAUAAAGAAGCUACCAACAAAUUACAGAGUAGUCCGAGAGCCGGAAAUGCAACUAGAGGGAAACAGGGGCCAAAAUCUAUGAAGGAUAGUUCCAAGCCUCUUGCUGAGAAGGUCACAGAGCAGACAGCCACCGACGUCACUGUGGAGACCUGAUUCAUGAGUUUAUUUUUUUCAUGUUCUUUAAAUUAUAAUUUUUAUCUUACAACACGAAUGACCUUUACUUUAUCCAGGGCAUCCACGUGUUUGUCAAAAGUUCUCCUUCCAAUGUGAGAAAUUCGGGACUGAGACUUUACAAUGUAUCAUGUUGUAAAUUUUGUAAGUUAUAAAGUGUGAUGUAACAACUGAUUCUGCAAUCAUGUAAAAACUGGAGUGACUCUUCUUUUGAAGUUUGGCGGAGUCACUAAGCUUUAUGUGAUAUUUUAAUGCAUGAAUUCUGGCAAAUUGCUCCA